GCAUGCUGUACUUCAGCAGAUCAAUGCGCACCACUCACACGCGCGCACACAUACAGUCACAGUCCGCCUGAGGAAGAAACUACUUGGGAAGUGUGGGAACUACUUUCGCACAACUUAGCUAAGGUCAUAUCCGCGAGGUUUUCGCCCACUCUUAUCAGCCACUCGGAGAGUUUGGCCUACACGACAAGUAAGCGCCCCGUGUCUCCACCCGCCUCCCUUUUUUCCACUGCGCAUUUCCUUGAAUCAUCCUUUCCUCUCUGCAUUUGUGAGGAAUGCUUUGGCGGAAGAAUCUGGGUAGAGAACGGAGGUCAGUUCUUCCGCCCAGUUUUCCAGUGUGAGCCGUGUCAAUUCGGAAAAAAAAUGGAGUUAUAUGUGAUAGAGAGACUCGAACCCGAUGGUGCUCAUUUCGCUUAAGUUUUCCCUGAUUUUUGGCUUCUUUGUAGUCCCUUACAGAUGCUUUCACCGUGUAACAGGCUCUUGAAUAAAUCCAGACGUACAUCUAUUUUGUAAAUGACUGUAUGCUGAGUUUUCUUCACGGAUUGUUUAAUUAAUAAAAAGACGCGCUUCUUGUUUUCAUUUAUUGGUGGGGGGGAUACUCUGUAUGGGAACUGUGCUUCUGAAAGGCUGAGCGGACAGUAUCCGGGAAGAGAUUGCAUGUACUGUGGAGGAGGAUGUGGCUGUUGUACAGGAGUGCUGUUGCUGUAGGGGGACACCUCUGCGGAUUCCGAUCCCCUCCGGCCUCUCUUUAAAUCGCCCUCCUGUCGCCGCCUCUUGCUCUGGAUCGUUUUUGUAACGCGCAGCCAACUUUCCCCAGAGCUAAGCCCCCGGAUCUUGCAAGGAACAGUGGAUCCGUUCUGCAGAAACUCUCCCAACCGCUUCACUAGUGGGGACCACGGCAGGAGGGAGCUGGAAAGAUGGUGAUGUUUUCGGUGGAUUGCCUCACCGUGGCUGCGUCGCUGCUGCUGCUGCAAGUUGGAUCCCGGUGAGAAAAGAUGAGCGAGGAGACGGCGAAUUCUUCCAGCGAUGACAGUUAUGCAAAAGUGCGAGCAGUGGUGAUGACCCGCGAUGAUUCUGGCUGGUUACCACUGGGAGGGGGUGGACUGAGCUCUGUCACAAUUUUUAAAGCCAGUCAUCCAGAAGAAAAUAGCUGCCCUGACUUCCUUGUCCACGGAGAAAGACUGAAGGAUAAAGCAGUGGUAUUGGAAUGUGUUCUGAAUAAAGAGCUGAUUUACAACAAAGUCACGCCAACAUUUCACCACUGGAAGAUCGGUGAGAAAAAGUUCGGGCUCACAUUUCAGAGCCCUGCUGAUGCAAGGGCAUUUGAUCGAGGAAUUCGUCGUGCUUUAGAGAGCAUCAGCCAAGGCAGCCCAGCAACAUUCAAUGAAACUGAGAUGAUGGAAGACUGCUUUCAAACAACGCAAGAAAAUACAUCCAAGCCUUUCCAUGCAAAAGAGCAUCUUUUACGACACGAUACUGUAGUUACCCAUGAGCCUUAUAUUGGCAGCUUUUAUGCUCGAACUCCGCCAUUUGAUGAUGUGUACUCUCACAGGACGUACUUUCACAGCCAGUCUAACCAGGUCCCACUGAAGUCUACAAGACGACAUGUAAGUUUUCAGGAUGAAGAUGAAAUUGUAAGAAUAAACCCUCGAAAGGAUGUUUUCAUAAGAGGCUACGAGGACUACAGGCACCCUGUUCUGUGGAAAAAUGAACUGGAAAGGGAUGAUCCUGAUUUAAACAUGCAGACCUCUAAAUCUGACAGUAAAAAAGCUGAUUACUUGUAUCCUUGUAAUGAUGGGGUCGAAUCACAUCCACUUAAAGACUCCAAAGGUUCUGUGGUAUUUAAAACUCAGCCAUCUCCUUCUCUUAAAUCAAAGAAGUCCAAACGGAGGAAGGAAGAUGGUGAGAGGUCUCGUUGUAUAUACUGCCAGGAACGUUUUAAUCAUGAAGAAAACCGGAGAGGGAAGUGUCAGGAUGCUCCAGACCCCAUCAUGAGGUGCAUUUACCAAGUGAGCUGCAUGUUAUGUGCAGAAAGCAUGCUGUACCACUGCAUGUCAGACUCUGAAGGAGAUUUCUCUGACCCUUGUUCAUGUGACACUAGUGAUGACAAGUUCUGCCUGCGAUGGCUAGCACUUAUAGCCUUGUCUUUCAUUGCUCCGUGUAUGUGCUGCUACCUACCUUUGAGAGCAUGCCAUCACUGUGGUGAGCUAUGCGGGUGCUGUGGGGGUAAGCACAAAGCAGCUGGAUGAAAUACUCUGGUGCCAAAUUGAGCUUACCACCCCCCAAAUUUACUUCCAGGCAAUGUACAGCCUGGGAUUUUUGAGGUUUUGGCCAGCAGUAUGGAAUCAAAGUCUGCGCAAGAGGCCUGGUGAGGAGAUGAAAAGGUGAAAAGAUUUGUAAAACCACAUUGAUACUCUAAAUGCUAACCGUGCUAACCUUUUCCUUUACAUAUGUGGUGUCUCUCCAUGUUACUUUCCAAGGAGUUCUGUAAAGGAAGCAGAUAUUUGCUACAAACAGUAUGAACUGUGUGUGACUAUGCUAAAAGGGAUUUGUUUUUGCAGUUUUUGUACAUUAACAGUACAGUAGGUGAUGGGGCAUAUUUUCACAGGCAUUUUGCUGACAACAUUGGAUUAAACUUAAAAGUGCACUAGUAACCGUUGAUUUCAGUUCAAAAGCAAUGCAGACGGCAGUGAUUCCUUAUAACCUAACAGUUUUGAGUGCAACCAAAUCAUUUUUUUAGCAUUGCAGAAAUUUUAUAUGUGUAGAAAUGCUAUAAAUCUAUUUAACUAGAGUCAUGGUACGAUUUAUAUUACUUUUCAUAACAAUUUGAGUGCCACUUUUUUUUUUCUUAGUUUUAUUUUUAGUUCCUUAGUCAGAGGUCCAUGUCUAUGCACUUGCAUUCCAAAACAAGGUUAAUUUAGAAGUAUUCCAGGUGGUUAGGCUGCAGUGUUAAUCGUUAAAACAAUGUCCCUCUUUUUAACACAUUUGUUCAGCUACAGACCCUCAAAGAAUCUGCUACCAUAUAAUCAUUUUUCUUUUUUAAUACUGAUUUUCAAAGUCUCAUAUUGUCUGGAGAAAACUUAACACUUGACACUGGUUUCAUCUGUAGUUGAUUUUGCACAACCAGCAAGUUGUUUUCCAGUAAUUACAUUAGGGCAUUUUAUUUUUUAAAUAGACUAUCUAGAAAGGUACAUAGUUAAGGAAGAGGUACGCAAAUUAUUUACCUUUAGCUAUCUUUGCUUGAUAUAGAGCAGUGUUCAUUAGCUGUAGCUAAACUAUUUAAAUAACUCUUGGGUUAUCUUCAUCAUUACACUUAAUUUUUAACCAUAAGUGGUUAUACCUACUGAUCCAUUGAAGCACCCACAUCUUUCCAUCUUUAAAUGGAAAGAAACUUGAGUUGCUGUUAAAGCAACUGGUCUGCUUUUGUAUUGUCACAGCUGUUAAGAACUGUGUUCACAUGGCUGACUUUAUUUUCUCCAGAGAAGGUGUUGAUAAAGCAUAGCUUUAUCUCAUUGCAAAUGAAAAACUGCAUUAAUGUGUGGGUACUAAAUGGUCUUCUAAGGUUUUAUCACCUUUCUGUUUUGCACACGAGUAUGAUCGUCAUGGCAUCCAAUGUUAAGUUAUUGAAUUUGCAUUUAGCGACUCUAGUACUGCAAACAUUAGAUGACAGUUAUACUUCACUGUGCUGGAUCCACCACCCUUUCCUUGAAUUUCCUGCCAUAUCAUUUGUAACCCUUUUAAUGUCACUCCUUCGUGCAUUAUCCAUUUGCUUGUCUUUUCACAGGAAUUUCAUACUGUGUGUUCUGUCAUCACUUCUGAAGCAUCCCUGCUUUCCAGGCAGUGUAAAGCUUUAUCUUGUUUAAAGACAUUAGCAGAUUCAUGCAUCUCAUAAUAUAUCUAAAGCACUGUCAUAUUUGUACUUAGUUGUAGUAGUCAAGACUGAAAUGCUAUAGAAAUGGCAUUCUUGUAAAUCACAGGUGGCAAGAGAAAAGAGAAUGCCUUUAUUAGGAUUAAAAGUUGCAUAGCUCCUGAGGAAAAAAAACUCCACUAUCUUCAUUCUAUGCAAUUUUUAACCUUUAGGUUCUAAUAUUUUACCUAUUUAAUAUGUACUAAGUUUGUACUUUAGCCCAGAUCUCAAACUCUAAAGAAAUGUAAAUAACACUAUUUGUAAAAUAUGCCCAAUAAAAAUGAAUAGAAUUUAUAUUUAUGAUAGUUGAGGGCACUGUGCCCAAACUGACAACAUUAUGUAUAUAGGCCAUCUUUGAGUAUUAUUUCUCUGAAAAAUAAAAACAAAAAUUGAAAUAUAUUGACUACAGAGGUUUUAAAAAGUUUCUUUCUAGUUUUAUACUAAACAGAUUAAUUGGUAGAUAGUAUCAAGCAGUGAUAACAGUAGCAGUUCAGGUCUUAUUUUUUAAUGUUUGUUUUUAAGGCUGCUACACAGAAUUGCUUAUUUCUGUUAUGUAUGUAAGUUUUCAGCUAGAUUUGAUCACUUUGACUGUUAACAUCAAAACUGCUUCUCAGAAAUGGGAUUGUUUUAUGUGAACACUUGUUUUUUUGCGAGUGUCAUGCUUGGAAUGCAACCCCAAGUAUGUGAAUAACCUAUGAAAAGAACUUGCUGGCUGUAAAGCAAAUGCUAUAGAAUUGUAUAUAUUUUUUUGUGGAAGGAAUCCAGUUUAACUUUUCUUUUUCCUUGGUGUAAAGCACUAACCAUUGCAGUGCAACUCCUGGUCAUGUACUGUAUUUUAUAUGCAACAUGUAUGCUGUAAUAUUUUUAACAGUCUGUAAACUUGUGUAUGAAUAUUUUCAAUUUAUAUUUAACCACUUUGCUGCUAGGAGUUUGCUUUAUUUUCUUCCCUCAGACGUGCAUCACUAAACCAUUCUUUAAUAACAUGCUCUGAGCUUACAUGUUUUAUGACUUUGUUAGCUGAAACAAGUCAGAAUAAAAUAUACAUUUAUCAUUUGAAAGCAGUAGAGAAUUUAUAACAACAUUAUGGUACUUGGUCCAGCAGCCAGGUGGUUAAGCUGUUCUUUAUGCUUUGGUGCACUGAAAAAUGUAAGCAUUUUAUUUCUGUAAGCUUCUGAUAAUGCAAAAAUUGUGAUUUAGUUUUGAGAAUUCUAAAGCAUUAAGUAGUGGGGAAACCUUUGUAUCUGAAGCUGCAGUUUAAUCGGUACACAGUCAAGUUUCCUUUUGUAAACACUGCCUGUUUUUUUUUUUUUUUUUUUUUUUUUUUUUUUUUGCUUAGUGCCAUUUGCUUCACACCCUAAUGACCUCAAAAAAGUGCCUCACUUGUAUAUUAUUAUCUCCAUUAAAAUCUUAACAGCAGUUUUUGGUCUUUAUAUUUACCUUUUUGUGUUGAAAAAUAGAGUAAAUGAUGUACAAUUUUGGUUGGUAACUCAUGACAUUUAUGUAUUUCCUUUCUACGUAUAAGGAUAAAGCUUGAUCCUGUUUCGAGGGGCCAUCUGCAGUGGGUGCUGUAGUUGAAUACAUAGUCCUUGUGCAGUCCAUGGGGAUCUUGUGAAGAUCUUGAGCUUUUUUCCAAAAAAUCACAUCUAGUGCUGAUGCUGGUGUUUUAACUGCACCCACCAGAAUACCCUUUUUCUUUCUAGCCAUACACAGUAUUUGGAUGUCUUCCCUAUAACAUGUCAUUUGAGAAUUCUUGCAUUCAUUGCCAAAAAGUUGGCUGAAAAAGCAAAUCAGAAACCCCACAUAAUCUGCUUUUUGUUGGGGCCUGGCACCUGAGCUAAGUGAUUACAAUUAAAUUUAAAAGGUCCUGUCCUGCACAGUUAAAUCGAGACUAAAUGGGUAGUAGCAAUGGAGGGUGCCUUGCACUUUGAUAGGAGGGCUGCUUUACAGAUCCUAAGCAGGAGCACAAAAGAUGAGAAGGUAAAGAACCUUUAGCCUUAGUCAAAUCCAAGGUCUGUUUACCUUUAAGUCAAUUUUAUUUGUUUGCUUUCAGCUGUUCACAUUCAGGGUAACCUUUUUCUAGUGAGAUGUAAUCUCUCUGUGGAUAGGUAGAAAAACACCCUUUCGUGUGCUUGAGACCAAGACCCUUGAGUUGUCAGUACCUCCUGUCACUCUGGAUGGUUUCUGGGCAUUGCAUUGCUAGAUGUUUUUGCAGAUAAACUUGAUCAACUCUUCCAAAAGAUUGAUUAUUCACUGACAUUUGAGAUUCUCACCAGAGACACUCCUGUACCCAUUUUGUGGGUUGUACCUGUGCUGUACUACAUUUCAGCAGUUUAGCACAUGGUGGUAGAUGGUGUGCAUGAACAAAGGCAUGAUUAGAGCGUACACCAGGCUUUCAUUCUGAUCCCAGCUUCCUGGCACAGUUUGUUGCAUACUUGGCUAGCAUUGUGUUUGGUGUCAUUAGAGUGGAUAGCAAAUUCUUUCCCUUUCCAUGCAGGAGAAUAAUUUGAAAAAUGAGUACUAAUUGAAGAGUACCUUUAAAGGGAGAGAUCUCCAUGUGCUAAUAACUGACAUGAGUUACAGAAUCACGUUGCUUGCCUUCCCUCCUAAGGUCCUCUUUCGAGGCCAUGUCAUGCUCUUGAAAUCAACUAUGGAGUUGGCCAUCUGUGCCUUGAGUGUCUCCUUAAAACACUUUGGUGCUUACCUUAGGAAGAAAGAGCAUUCCUUCCCAGGAGUCUUCAUUGUUCUGGGAAAUGCAUGGAUUCAGUUCCUGUAGCAGCCAAGAAAAUGAGCAGUUGUCUGCAAGAUUCACCCACCAGAAGUAGAAGACGAUUAUUCUUCCCAGGUAGAGACCCCAUUCUCUCUUGCUCAGCAAGUGUAUUUAUGUUCUGCCACUUUACUUUGGGGGCUUUUAUUACUUGUUCCAUGUGACUGGCAGAUAUGUAUUUCAGCAAGUUAUGGAAAACGGUCUACCUCAUCCAACUGUUGAUUAGAAAACUGUAGGGAAAAGCCUUAACUUUUCGUAUUCAGUUAACUUGCAUGUAGUCAUGUAUGCCUUUCUUGCUGUACAUUGUCCCAGAGCUGCAGGCAGUAAUGCCUGUUGUCAUAAUGUAGUACAACUCUGUCCUAGUGUCAUUUGAGUAGUACUGGAUUGUUCUAACUGCCCCCUGUGUGUAUGGGUGGGGUGGGGGGUAGUGUGUUUUGUAGUGAACCCUGUCAGGUGCUGAAUCAGGAUGAAGCUCUUUCCAUUGUUUUAAGGACUGGUAAACCUCAGUCAUUUGGGAGAAAGAGGGCAGCCAGACACUAAAUAUGUCCUGCAAAAAUCAAAGCUACCUUGCAUCCCUUUUCCUUCACUGAAGUAUUUGAAGACUCUUAAUUAGCUAGUCCCUCUACAUUCUUGACUCUCCAGGUUUGCCUCAGACUGGAAAAUCAUUACCGGAGUCAUGCAGGUUUUGGACAUGAAAAUGUCUUACAGGUACUAGUACCCAGCAGAUUUUUUUUGUGGGACAGAUGCGUCUUCCUCUGAUGUAGCCUGUAGGUACUUUUAAGAGGAACCAUGAAGUCUUUUCCAGCAGAGGAUUGAGAAAAGGAAAUUAAUUUCAUCCUUCACAUGGUUUAUGUGAAGCUUUUCAUGGUCACUAUCCUAACCAUAAUGCUACUGCUUGUUCAGGGCUUUUGGAUGACAUUCAUAGAAGUUAUGGGAAGCACUUUUGCUUAAGCAGCAUGUGGAAGCUACACAGGUGGUUCCAUUGUUUUAUCCUGGUUGGGCAGAGUUCUCAUUAAACUGCUUCCUUCUGGCUUUUCAUUUUUUCUGUCUUUGACAGUGUAUUAUCCAUUGUGAUAGGGGUAUCCAGCAAUACACACUCCUGGUAUGUCUGUUCUUGGAUGGCUGAUGGUUGGUGGACCUACCAAGGCUGCCUUGUCUGCAGGCAUGGAGUCACCAUCAGUGGAAAUGGUUUUACCAUAAAAAUUUCGAAGACAAAAUAAGUUGCUUUCAAAAGGACAAACUAAAAUUCUAAAUUUAGCCUAAAUGUCAAACGUCAGUAACACAAACUACAAUCGACAUACCAGACUUAUGGUUUUGAAAGUCCGUAUGCCCUUUUACGUUUUAGCAGGGGGUCAGCCUCCAUGUACCCCCCACACCCCCCUCAAAUUGUAUAUCCCAAAUCCGUGAUCGCACUGCAGUGAGGAAAAGGCUAAAUUCCACUCCUCACUGUACAGCGAUCUCUUUUCGCAAUGCCGAACUUGUAAUGAAUCAAGUUUUACUUUCAUAGGUAGGUACUAGGCUAUCGGCCCUAGGGCCUAUAGAAGCCUAGCCAAAAAGGUACCCUGGCUUUCGCCACCCAAGCGUAAUUCUCCUCCACUGCACAAAGCUGGUUAGUACUGGAAAUUUACAAUUAAUCCCUUUUUUCUCUCUUCUAUCAGUACAGGAGCUCCUCCAGCAAUUAAUAUAAUUACUUCCCUUUUCCUUUGUCCCUGACAUUCUGCUGAACAUAUGUCCUGAAAUCCUUUGUCAAAUUCACAUAAUUUCUUUGCAAAUGUGUCUCCUGCAGCACUAUUUGCACUCUGUAUUUUUGACAUAAUUCUGUUUUCUUUCCUUUUUGUCUAUACCUGCAAGUCCAUUUACUUUCCAAGAUGAUACGGACAGCAUAGCCAUUAUGAUGAUAAACUACUGUUCCCACCUAUUAUACAUGACAAUUGCUUUUUGUGUGUGUAUCUCCAACUUUUCUGUUACAUUUGCACACUAAUGUUUGGCAGGCUCAACUUUUCUUAUCUCCAUCUGAACCCAUGACACAUUUUUCAUGAUUUUUUUUUUGUUUUAAUGAAAAUCCUGAGAGAAUGUAGAAAUUGACUCACGUUUAUUGAUAACCAGCUGAUUCUCAAACUGAUACGGUAUGUGAGAGGAUGUACUUACACAAUGUCACUGGAAGCAAAGGUCUCGCAUAAAAGCACACUUCAGGUUGUCAGCAGUACACAUGCUGCACCCAUCACAUGCACAGUUCAACACACAUGUAUAGGCACACAUAUUCUGAGGCACUUAAAUGUAACCUGUUUAAACCACAAAGACCUCCUAGAUGAUGUGCACAUAUCAAAUGCCUUCAGGAGCCCUGAAUGCACUCUUUCAAAACUGUCCUCCUCAACAAAUGCAGCCAUAUCUCAUGGAGCCUCUACCUCUAAGCCCAUAAGGCUGCCACAGCACAAUCCAACGUUCUGCUCAUUGGAAACUCCAUUGUGAGAGAAUUGUAUCCCUCUCACCAGGAUGAGCAAGGAGAAAGUCAUGGUCUGUUAUCAGAGGCCAGGAUCCUCCACAUUACGCAUGCACUCAGGUCACUGGACCACAACUUCCAGUAAGAAUCAACCAUGGACCAUGUGGGUGUAAAUGAAUGGCGACAUGCCUCCCUAGACUAUAUGAAUACAGACGUAGUUCUCAGAAUAUGUAUUCCCAGUCCAUUAUGAGCCCAGCACCAAGCAGCAUUCUACCUUCUCCAAGGAUGAGGCCACAACACGAACAGAAGACAACUGACCCCAAUAACCGCCUUAGUUUCUGCUGUCACUCCAAGGGGGUGCAAUAUUUCUCAGCAUGGCAGGAGAUGGUCAACAGACCUCUCUCCUCUAGCCUUUUCAACAUUAGCCAAAGCACUGUCGACCCCCAUAGUGCCCCUGUUAGGCAAUGUCAAACUGAAAGUACUUCCAACAUAAAUCAAAAGUAAGAAAAUCUAAAGAUGUUACAGCUCAGUGCCAAGAGUCCAAACAAGAAACUCCAUUCCCAGCAAAGUCUCCUCACCCUAGAGAAUGUUCACAUCUGCCCAGCCACCCAGACAUGGCUCAAAGCCGUGAAGAGCACAGCACACCAACAGUGCUAGUCUACAAUGCCCUACACACACUCAGAGACCAGCUACUAUACAGAUAGGGACUAAACGUGAAGAUGUCUGUUGGAAACGAUCACCAUCCAGCCCAAUACCACAUUCAUGGGUGACUUUAAUUAUCCCACAAUUAACUGGGAGUCAUAUACAACACCAAAUGUAUGGGCACAGAGAUUAUUUGAUUUUGUAAACACAAACUAUUGUUAAACUUUUGUUAUGAUUUCUUAUUGCUCCAGUUCUGUAUUGUGAAACUUUGAAAACUGCCUUUCGGACACACUAUUUUCCAACACGAGCCUUUGAAAUUUUGAUGGCAAACCAGUGGAAACAUCGGUUUCCAUGUGCAUUAUAUUUAUUUUAUUGGAGUGAGUCUGGUCCUGUCUACAACUGGUUCUCCCUCCCAAAAAAAAACAAACA